AUGGAGAGACAUUCCUCGAGGAAACCAAGGUUCGGCAGCUGGAAGCAGCACGUAUGCGGGCAAGGAUAUUCCAACAGGGGUCGACGAUCACAAGGAAGAAGAUCAUCUAUAACUGCACCGCCUCCCUCGACUCUUCGAAAGUUUCAGUCGUUUUUCUCCAGUGACGUCCGAGUGUCAGACCCGACUGGAGUCAGUCUUCUGUGGCCAAAUGCACAUUGCGCUGGAGAAGAAAUGGAGGCUAGAGGACGUGUGUUGCAGCUGUGUCUGUUCGGCUUCACCGCUUUGCUCGUUCGCAGCACCUUAAGUGAUCCAUUCCCGGCACCUUCACCUGAUCAAGCCUGUCCACUGAGCUCGUUCCAGUAUAAGCCGGGGGUCGAAUGCAUCGGCGUCCCAGAAAAGACCACUUACUGGGGUAGCUACCCGACGACGCUUUGCUGCGGAAAUGUCCUCAAGGCUUUGUCCCAAUCCCUAGCUCUUCACGCAAGCAACACGAGCGACAUCUUUCUCGACGGAGGCCAGUGGAGCGACUGUAGCGAACAUUUACUCCAGCCACUGUCCCCGCCGGCUAAUUCAUGUCGCUUCGACAAUCUCUUCGACGGACGGAGCCAGUGCUCCAGCUUCUCGCUAUCAUUCAUCGACAGGCAGGAACCAUAUAGAGCAGCACAGCGUAAUUGCUCAAACUUCAACCCUUCAUUCGACGAUGUCUGCAAGGAUUGCAUCAGUGCAAUAGUGACGGCAAGGGACAGCAUACUGAGUCUUUUACAGGCAAAUGACAAUGAUACAGAAAGGGCAAUUUGUGGGGUGGCUGUUAUUACUUCUCUAGCCUCUGGGAAAGUGGGGAAUUCCUCGGCCAUGGAGGACUUCUACAGAUGUCUGCCUGCUCUAGACAAGCCAGAUCCAGGUUACAUCAAAGUCAAAAGUUCCACGGUGAAAGUAGUAGUGGCGGUGCUGAUCGCAGCCAUCGGACUGACGCUGGUCAUUUCACUGGUAAAACACGUGACUGGGAACAACAAACCUCCUACACCGGCUCAGCUAAAGGAGAUGAAAACGUGGUCAGGCCUCUACAGAUUCUCAAGGGCAGAGAUCGAAAAUGCAAUUAACUACCGUAACGAAAAGAAAUGCCUCGGCCGAGGAAGUGCAGGCCAGGUCUACAAAGGCGUCUUGCCAAGCGGACAAGUUGUAGCCAUAAAACACAUAUACAAGAGCAACACGUCCGACUCUUUCAGGCGGGAAGUGGAAGGUCUUUCGAGGGUCCGACAUCCAAAUUUAGUAUGUCUCUUCGGCUACUGCAACGAAGGUGGCGAGCAGUACCUGGUCUACGAAUAUUGCCCUGCCGGGAAUCUAGCUUCUCAUUUACUAAGGAAAGACACUGUCUUGACAUGGGAAAGGAGAGUGAAAAUCCUAAGGGAAUGCGCUUUGGGCCUGAGAUAUCUCCACCACUACAUAGACGGCUGCAUCGUUCAUAGGGAUAUUAAGCUUACCAACAUUCUUUUGACUGAGAACAUGGAACCAAAGCUCUCGGAUUUUGGGCUGGCAAGAAUCCUGAACAUGGAGGAGAGCAAAGUUUUUACUGAUGUCAGAGGAACGAUAGGCUACAUGGAUCCAGAGUAUAUGAGCAAUGCAAAGCUAACCUGUGCCAGUGAUAUUUACAGUUUUGGUAUUGUCGCACUCCAACUUCUUUCAGGACAAAAAGUUAUUGACCUUGAUCUUGAGGCCAGAGAUCAGCUGACAAGGAAGGCAAGGGAUGUCAGCAUGGGCAAACGGCCACUAGAGGAUUUUGAGGACCCUCGACUAAACGGAAACAUCAAUAAGGCGGACUUUGAGUCCAUCUUGCAAGUUGCUGUCUUCUGCGUUGCUAAGGACAGCAAAGAUCGGCCCACAAUUGAUAUGUUCUUCGACGAGCUCGAGAAGGCUUGGAAGAACACAGUUGCCGAGGUAAGCAGCGACAUUUUACAGCCCUUAGUCUGAUAUUUGAAGCAGUACCGUGUCUGCUAUUCUGGUAGUGAUAAUCACAAUUCCAAUCCUUUACGUGGUUGCAGAAGGAAAAGACGGAGAAGAAAUCGAAAGCGACAACCAUUUCAAGAUCACCAGAUGUACUUCGAGUCUGAACAUACUACCAUGUUGCUACAGCAGCAACAGCAGAAGGUUUUGUAUGGCUGUCCUAAGUCGACGUAGAGAUCAGCUUUCUUCAAGAAAAUAGGCAUCUGACAAUGUCCACGCUUCCAGUGUCAAGACUGUCUCUGCUUCUCCUCUUGAGUAAGCAUACAUACAAGAAUAUAUAUCGAAGGUAUGAAAGGCGUAAAAGGUAAAGCUGGGUGAAAGAAGACUUUUGAGCUCUCAUGCAUGAGGUGUUGAGUUGAAGUGAAUGAGUGGAAAUCUUCAUGACAAAUCCAAAAGUUCAGUGAGUUCUAAACAUGGUCAGAUGUAAAUUCCAACUGGAAGGAUGAUCCAAGGAACUACGCUUGUUCUGUACA